AUGGUCUCUUUCUCCUGCGAAGUUUGCAACGACGUAAUCAAGAAGCCCAAGCUUGACUCGCACCGUGGCCAGUGCCGGGGCGCCUACUUCACAUGUAUCGACUGCAACACGACCUUCAGCGGUAACGACCACAAGACGCACACCAGCUGCAUCUCCGAGGCCCAAAAGUACCAGGGCGCGCUCUACAAACCCGAGAAGGGCAAGGGCAAGAAGGGCGCAAAGGCUGUGCAGAAGCAGGUUGUUGUUCCUGUGGUUGUUGAGAAGAAGGUUGAGGAGGUUGUGCAGGUAGAGGAGCCUGUGGUAGUGGUGGAAGAGAAGAAGGCGGAGCCUGUGGUGGAGGAGAAGGCAAAGAAGGAGAAGAACGAGAAGAAGGAGAAGAAGGAUAAGAAGGCUACUAAACCUACGGUUGAGACUGCUGCUGAGCCGGUGGUUGCUGCUGAGCCAGUGGUUACUGCUGAAGAGGUUAAGGAAGCGGCCACGCCUAAGGAGAAUAAGUCAAAGAAGAGCAAGAAGGACAAGAUAUCCGAAGAGCCAACACCCACCACCGAGCCCGAGGUCACUGAGGCCAAGCCAGUUGCUGAAGAGCCCAAGGAGGACAAGAAGUCUAAGAAGGACAAGAAGGGCAAGAAGGGCAAGAAAGAGAAGGCCGCAGAAGAACCCAAAGUCGAAGAGCCCAAAGCCGAAGCCGUAGCCCCCGAGGAGCCUGCAUCAGCCACCGAAGAGCCCAAUGAGGCUUCCACCGAAGAGCCCGAAGCCGAGGCCGAAAAGCCUAAGCUGACCCGCUCGCAAAAGAAGGAGCUCAAGCAGAAGCGCAAGCUUGAAGCCGAAGAAGGCGCGGACGAGAAGGAGGGCGCGCCAAAGUCAAAGAAGCCCAAGGAGGAGAUCGCGAAAGAAGUUGCCGAGAGGCGUGUUCUGGGGCAGGCCUUCAUUAACCUAAUCCAGCCGGGGUCGUACCCGUUGCAGGUCAAGAAGGCGGUUGAACAGUUGGAGAAGACACAUGGCGCGGAGAUUGUGCAGAGGGAUUUGUGGAGGGCCCUGUGUCUGAAGAAGGGCAGGGAUGGAAAUGUAUCCCUGCGUCUGAUCUAG